GUCCCAUUCAUGCCAGCUUGCUCUCUCUCCUUCUCAGGCCGGUCCACUUCAUUCUGUACACACUGCUACACACAGAAACAACGCUUUCUUUCAAUCAGUGUCCCAUUUCUAUUACACGCGCACUUUCUGUCCCUUUUGCCUUCCUUCCCUCCCUUCCAUUUUCUUGGCAGAAAUUUCUGUCGCAGAUAGAGCAGAGAGCUGGAAGGAAGGGGGGAAGAAAAAAACAGAGUAAAUGUCGAGCAGUUCGUUUCUGAACAAUGAGCUAUCCAAGAAGACUUCAAUCUUCGGUUUGCGAUUAUGGGUCGUGGUGGGUAUCUGCGUGGGAGCCGCCAUAGUUAUAUUCCUCUUCCUAAUCUCGCUCUGGUUCACCACAAAGCGCAGCAGAAGAACCAACGCUAAUAGCAGUAGUGAUAAUCCUCCUUCCGCUCUCAAGCCCUCUCCCGUCAACAACCAGAUUAUCCCAAAUGUCUCCAAGGAGAUAACCGAGAUACGGGUCGACCCGGCUCCUCCUCCUCCGGCCUUGAACCCGAACCCCGACCCGGAUACGAACCCUGUUCCGGAUCAACUACAACAGCAGCAGCAGCACAGCCCUGUUUCCUCUGCCUCCCGCAACAGAAUUCAGUUCGAGAUAGGGAAGGACCACCGGAUUUCUUACCCGGACAGGGCCGGCGGGUCGGGUCACGGGAGUGGGGAGACCCGGUCGGGUCCCCGGUCCGGCGACCAGGGCAGCACUGCUGCGAUGACGGUGCCGGAGGUUUCGCAUUUGGGUUGGGGCCAUUGGUAUACUCUCAGGGAGCUGGAGCUGUCUACUAAUGAAUUCGCCGAUGAGAAUGUGAUUGGGGAAGGUGGGUAUGGGAUUGUUUACCGCGGAGUUUUUGAUGAUAAAACUACUGUCGCGGUCAAGAAUCUGCUCAACAACAGGGGUCAAGCCGAGAAAGAGUUUAAAGUUGAAGUAGAAGCAAUUGGACGGGUGCGGCAUAAGAAUUUGGUGAGGCUGCUAGGUUAUUGUGCUGAAGGUGCUCACAGGAUGCUUGUUUAUGAGUACGUUGAUAAUGGCAACUUGGAGCAGUGGCUUCAUGGUGAUGUUGGCCCUUGCAGUCCUCUCACAUGGGAGAUUCGGAUGAAUAUAAUCACUGGGACUGCCAAAGGGCUAACAUACUUGCACGAGGGGCUCGAGCCAAAGGUGGUUCAUCGCGAUAUAAAAUCAAGCAAUAUUCUGCUUGAUAAGCAGUGGAAUCCGAAAGUUUCGGACUUUGGUUUAGCAAAGCUUUUGGGAUCAGAAAGAAGUUAUGUGACGACUCGAGUAAUGGGAACAUUCGGGUAUGUGGCUCCAGAAUAUGCAAGUACUGGGAUGUUGAACGAGAGAAGUGAUGUGUACAGUUUUGGAAUCCUUCUAAUGGAAGUCAUAUCUGGAAGAAACCCGGUUGAUUACAGUCGCCCACCAGGAGAGGUAAACCUUGUUGAAUGGCUUAAAACAAUGGUGACAAAUAGGAAUGCAGAGGGCGUCUUGGAUCCUAGAUUGCCAGAGAAGCCUUCUUCAAGAGCACUGAAGCGUGCUCUUUUAGUAGCUCUAAGAUGUGUAGAUCCAAAUGCUCAGAAAAGGCCAAAGAUGGGGCAUGUGAUUCAUAUGCUUGAGGCUGAUGAGUUCCCAUUCCGAGAUGAUCGUAGAACUGGAAGGGAUCAAAGCCGCCCCAAUCGGGAUGACUUCAGAACUGAUAGACAGGUAAUGGAGUCGGGUGACAGCAGUGGAUACGAGAGUGGAGCUCAAACGAACAGAUCUCUGUUGAAAAGAUCAGAACUUGAUGACCGGUAAGGGUGUACUUGGAGAAUCUGGAUUCGGGUUGUGUAUCUUGUGUGUGUUUGAUCCUUCAUUCAGAGGCUCUGGCAUAUGUAAAUGGUUCAUUUUAACCAGCGCAUAUGCAGAAAGGUCCCUGAAUUCCCAUUUUGUGCUAUAUGUUGCUUUCUUGUAAUGUGUUGGUAAUCCUGAUGGCAUGAGGAUUAGAUGGUGACGGGGGCAAAUCAUAUGUAUGUAGAGUAUGUACGUGUGUAUGUAGAGGCUGCAAUAGAAAAUUUGUUUAUUGUUGUAGGAGCACUGGAGCAGGAAUCUUUUGAGUCACAUGUUUAUGUCACGGAAGGUUUUCUGAGAAGCAGCUUAGCUUCCACAUUAAAGACCGUGAAUUUUGGGUUUUUAUUUAUUAAUUUUUAAUUUGAGA